GUUAGAAACAAAAUAAGAAUUAUUAUUUUUUUGAAUAUGCCAUAUCAUCAUGUAGACUAUAUUCUAGUAGCAGAAUUUGAUAUUGACCGUGGUCCUACAAUUUCUCAGCAAUAUCCACAUACUAUAGGAAGUGAUACAAAGUAUCCUUUUCAAACGACACAGUCAAAUACUAAUUUUUUAAGACUCCUUGCCGAAUUGAUGCUUCCAGAUCAAGCUCAUAUGAGAGCAGAAGACUGGACAAUAUUUUUCUUACAUAAAGAUACCAGCAAAUCAACUAAAGAUGAAAUCAAUAUCUACGAAAAUCUAGAGGAUACGGAAGAGAGUGAACCAAAAUUAAUGUAUGUUCUGAAUUUAGUAAAUACAAAACAUGAUCCAGAUGCCAAGCGAGGAGCUCUUGUAAAAGCAAUGGCAAUAUGUACUAGACAUUCAUUUUUGCAUAUUUAUAAGCCAAUUUUGCUACUUGCUCUAGAGAAAUACAUUGAACAUCCAAAAAAAACAACAUUAGAACAAAUUUUCAAUUCUGUAAAUUCUAUGAACUUAGAAAUGAUGCCUAAACUAAACAUUUGGGAACGUAUUAUUCUUGGAAAUAAUGACUAUAAAACUAUGUAUUAUGAGAAAUUUCCAAAUUCAUUCUUGAAGGAUGCAGUUAAACGAGAUUGUCAUGAAUAUGAAACGAACAUAAUUUACCUUGGUGUACGAAUACCUGUUAAAAUACCUUUGGAUAUCUUACCAGAAGUUGUUGGUGAUUUUUCCCUUAUAAAUUUAUUUCAAACAUUUCCCAAAUUACUUACAAAAUCAUUCCCAUUACAUGCUCAUCUUACUACUAUUGGUCCUCAUACUCACCCAAUUAUUGUCCUAAUGAAUGGUAUGCUUACCCAAAAAAGAAUUGUAUUCCUAGGACAUGGUCAAUCUGCAAGCGAUGUUGCAAAAUACGUAUUAGCAGCAUGUGCUAUGGCUAGUGGUUUAGGAGUAUUGCGAGGAUUUUUGGAAAGAACAUUUCCCUAUACCGAUCUAUCGAAAAUAGAUUACUUACUUACUAUUCAAGGAUAUAUAGCAGGUGUUACAAACCCAGCCUUUGAACAUCACCCUGAAUGGUGGGACGUUCUUUGUAAUAUUGAUUCCGGAAAAAUAAAAAUAUCAUCACAUAUAUCUCCUGUAAAUAUACCAAGUCAUUUAGAAAAUUUUUUUUGUGAUUAUACAUAUGAAUAUCAACGAAAUGAUAUAGACACGGUAUUUAUGGACGAAAUGCAACAUAUUAUAUCUUGUAAAUAUGGGGAACAUUCCGUACGAUCUAGAUGGAGAGAUUGGAUAUUAAGAUUUACUAAAAUGGCAUGUACAUAUGAAACUCUUGUUUAUGGUUCUUCUCAAUUAUCGAACCAAAAUGCAAAAAAUUUCAUUAUACCAGGAACGGGUUGGGUUUGGGCAGAUGAAACACAAAAAAUGCGUGAUUUAUACAUGAAUAUGCCAAGAUUUGAAGGUUGGAGAAACACGAGUUCUUACCAAUAUUAUAUAAAGGAUCGACUUGCAUUAAAUAAUAUACCAAUUGAAAAAAAAUUUUGCUUACAACAUCAGUUAAAUAGAUUAAAAAUUUUACGAAACAUGUCUUAUGAAGAUGCAGAAGCUAUAUACAUAACAUUAAACGAUAAUGUACGCACAACAGAUGAAUUAAGUCAAUUACUUUGUUAUCUUCCACAACUACAUGGUGGUUUAGCACCAAUUGCAUUUGGUUUAUUUCAUCCAAAUCCAAAAGUCCAAUUUGCAAUAGCAGAGCUUUUAGAACGACUUGAUUCACAUAUAGCAGGUAGACAUUUUAUCAGUGAUUUAAAUAGAUUCCAAAAGUUUGCAUUUUCGAGAAUUCUUUCUAAAAAAUCAAAAUUACAAAAAAAGUAAGAAAAAAUAUUAAUAAUAUCAUAACAUAAUAUCUGUUUGUACAUUUUGUUUAAAAAUAUGCUGAAAAU